AUGACCGUCCCUCCUCCAACCAAAUAUGCUGUGGAAUUGCCUAACACAAGAAGACCAGGUCAAACGGGAAUUUAUCGUAAUGCACUUCAGCCAGAUUCCCUGAUUGUUACUUUCAGACCUGAUGUCACGACCUUAUAUGAUAACUUUCAAUACGCAUUAAAGAUUUCUGCUGAAAGACCGCUUCUCGGCCACCGACCUUUAAAUAGGUCGACAGGCAAACACGAUCCUUAUUCAUGGCAAACAUAUAAGCAAAUUGCCGAACGUGUCAACAAUUUUGGGUCCGGCAUAAUGCAUCUAAGUGACAAUGUUUGCAAGAAUCCAAGGUCGGAACAGUGGGCGGUCGGAAUUUAUUCAUACAAUAGACCCGGUAUAUAUCCAAACAUGUUUUGCUUGUUCUUUUGCGCAAAUAUGUCAUACAAUUUGAUCACCGUUGCACUUUACGACACUUUGGGUUCAGAUGUCGUGGAAUACGUUAUAAAUCAUGCGGAAAUUAAAAUAGUUGUCACUGGUGUUGGCCAUAUACCCCGCUUGAUUCAAUUAGCCCAUAAAACUCCCGAGAUGAAGGUCAUUGUAUCCAUGGACAAUUUCGAUGAUGAUCCACUUGCGGCUGGAAGUGUUUUAAAAGCGUGGGCACAGGAAAAGGGAAUUCGACUUUUGGACUUUGCCGAAGUUGAAAAGAUAGGUCAAUUACAUCCUCGCAAUCACAAUAUACCAUCCUCAAACGAUAUCGCCUCGAUUUGUUAUACGUCUGGUACAACCGGCGUGCCUAAAGGCGCUAUACUCUUGCACGCGAACUUUAUUGGAUCCUUGUCGGCUGCUCAUGUUAUCACAAAUUUAAGACAGGACGAC